CACUGUUGACCCUUGAACAGUGGGUUUGAAUUGGGUGGUCCAUGUAUGUGCAGAUAUUUUUCAGUGAUAAACACCCAGCACUGCCAGACCUGCAGGAUCCAAGGCUGCGAGACCUGUAUUCUGGAGGACUGGCUGUGAGGUGGACAUGCAUGCCCCAACCACACACCUUCAUGGGUCAACUGUUUUAUUUGCAGUGGUCUCUUUUCUUUGCUUUUUAUUUAGGAAGUUUUGUAUUUUUGUUUGCCUUUAUGAACCUUUUUUAAUACCGUUAGCUCCAUUUCCUUGCUUAGGCACCUGGCAUAUCAUCUGCUCUGGAAAACACCCAUUACCUUCCUAUGUGCAAGCCGAUGUGUGUGUUCUACUUACCCCCAUCUGGGCUGGGUGUGUCGGGGGAGGCUCAGUUGUGUGUACAGCUUCCUCGGCUUACACUAGGGUUGUGUCCUCACAAGCAAACACGUCGCCAGUUGAAAAUGCAUUUACUAUACCAACCUGCCUCACGUGCUCAGAACAUGUAUGUUAGCCUGCAGGUGAGCAAAGCCACCUAACACAAAGCCUGUUUGAUAAGAAAAUGUCGAACAUCUCGUGGAGUGUGUUGAGCAUGGUACUGAAAGUGGGAAGCAGGCAGGCAUCUGGGUCCAGGAUGGUUGAGUGUGUAUCAGUGGUGAUGUGGCUGACUGCUAGCCCAGCUUGUGCCCCUGCCCAGCACGAGAGAGGACUCUACUGCUGGUCACUAGGCCUGGAAGGAUCAGCCAGCAUUUGAAACCUGGUUUUAUGGAACACGUGUCACUUUUGCACACCAUCAUAAAGUCAAAAAAACAUGAAUCAGACCAUGAUAAGUCAGAGACUGUCUACUUUGUCAGAACAAACUUGUCCAUGUUAUUUUUCUGUACUCAGCCUGCCUUUUUUGGCGUUACAUCUCUAAUAAGGCAUGUCCAGUCUGUUCUGUGCCCAGGCACCUCGUGGCUGGACGUUAGGGCCUUGCUUCUACCAGUACUGCGUAUUGCAUGGCUUGGCAGGCUGGAUCCUUGGCUCACACUUUUUUCCCUUGAGUUUCUUGACAGAUGUUGUGCCUGUGUUGUCUUGCCUCGUAUGCUGCUGUUGAAGUCUGAGGCUCACCUGGUUUCCUCAGUUCUAGGAAACACAAGAAUAGAAGAGGCUUGUGAGAUGUAUACCAGAGCUGCAAAUAUGUUCAAGAUGGCCAAGAAUUGGAGUGCUGCAGGAAACGCAUUUUGUCAGGCGGCCAAGCUCCAUAUGCAGCUGCAGAGCAAACACGACUCGGCCACCAGCUUUGUGGAUGCCGGGAACGCCUACAAGAAGGCAGACCCGCAAGAGGCUAUCAACUGCUUAAAUGCAGCCAUCGACAUUUACACAGACAUGGGAAGGUUCACGAUCGCGGCCAAGCACCACAUCACCAUCGCGGAGAUCUACGAGACGGAGCUGGUGGACAUCGAGAAGGCUAUCGCCCAUUACGAACAAUCAGCUGAUUAUUACAAAGGGGAAGAAUCCAACAGCUCGGCCAACAAGUGUCUGCUGAAGGUGGCAGCGUAUGCUGCCCAGCUGGAGCAGUACCAGAAGGCCAUUGAGGUCUAUGAGCAGGUUGGGGCCAGCACCAUGGACAACCCUCUGCUGAAGUACAGUGCAAAGGAUUACUUCUUCAAAGCCGCCCUCUGCCACUUCAUCGUGGACGAGCUGAACGCCAAGCUUGCUCUUGAGAAAUAUGAGGAAAUGUUUCCAGCAUUCACUGAUUCAAGAGAAUGUAAACUAUUGAAAAAACUUCUGGAAGCUCAUGAAGAGCAGAACAGUGAAGCUUACACGGAAGCAGUGAGUUCACCUUUGAGAUUUUGCACCUCCCCUGACAGUUCAUGUUACAGAAACCUCUUCUCCUUUUCGCUAUGUAAACACCAAAUGUUAUUUUGGACAUUAUUGCCAUUAUACCUAAGUUGUAAUCAAUAGGCAUGUUUUUUAGAUCCCAGUAGCCUUAGUAAUUAAUUAGUUCUGUGAGCCAUGCUGAGUUUAGCUGGGAGGCAAAUGUAUAUCACAUACACUUAGGAUUUGUUGUUUGGAUGCUUUCCAUGGAAAAUAAUCUGAUCCAUGAAUAAGUGCAAAGUCAAAUCUGAUGGGGAGCUCCCUUGUGGUGCAGCAGGUUAAGGAUCCCGCAUUGUCACUGCAGCAGCUCAGGUCACUGCUGUGGUUCAGGUCCCAUCUCUGGCCUGGAAACUUCCAUUCGCCUUUUGAUAGGGUGACCUUUGCUACCAUCUGGAGGUCUCUCCCUUCUUUGGUCUCGUGUGGGAAUGAGGUCAAGGAACCCUGUGUCCGCUCCUUCUGUCUCUGCAAAUACUUUUUGGUGUCUGGUGGAUGCUGAGGCAGCAUUAAGUUUCCACGCUCCCUUAUUCUGAUAUGGGAUCUCGUGUCCUUUGUCAUGUUAGCUUUGCUUUUCUGGUUAUAAGGCUGCUGUGGGUUUUCACCAUUGCACGUAGCAUGCAGAGCAAUACAGAAGGUGCGGGAACGUGUCGCUGGCUCCAUUGACAUAGUCUUGGGACAGUGUGAAAGCAGCAGUCUUGGUGAAGAAAGUUGUAGGCUGGGCGUGGUUGUAAUGCGGAAAGUUAGCGGCUCCCGCUGUGACCACAUGAGUGGCCUGGGAUGCUGUGGUUCUGGGUCUGUUUCCUGUCGUUUCUGUGGAGUGACUGCAUUCCUCUCCCCUCACCAGGUGAAGGAGUUCGACUCCAUCUCGCGCCUGGACCAGUGGCUCACCACCAUGCUGCUUCGCAUCAAGAAGUCCAUCCCGGGGGAUGGCGAUGGCGACGGUGACCUCAAGUGAAGCCCUGUCGUCGUGGCAAGUGGCAGGGUUAGCCCAGGGAUCAUCGUGGAUGCCAUCCAGUGGCUUCAUUUUGUUGCACACGAGCCACACGUGUGUCCCUGUGGGGCGGACGGGGAGGCGCCUGUGUGUUAGGAGUGUGACACGCUGCUUCACGCUUGUCAGAGUCCCCAGGGUUUUCCGAGAACUUCUUCAGUCUUAUUCCUGUUACUUUGAUGUGUGCAGAGCUCGUGCUUCAUUUUGCCACCUCUUUCUUUAUAUGUCCUUUUUCUCGGGCCUGAGUACCAACCCGGUUGAUCCAAUAGGCGCAGUGCAUUUUCUGUGAACUCGCAGCCGUCUUCUCCUCUCAGUGUGUGUUUAGUUAGGAUGGUGGCUUGGAAUGCGUUUGUGACUCCCCUCGGUAGAAAUUAUCUAUCCUUUUUGUUAUCUUGUGCUUCUUUAGAUGGUGCUGGUGACCAGUUUCUUUGCUUUUUUAUACUGUUCUGUGGCUAAUGUGCAUGUGAAAAUUUGGAGCAGCCGGGGUCUGCCAGUGCCACAGCUGCGAGCAGGGAGCUUCCCAGCGCUUCUUGCUGGCGUGUGGAGGCGAGGCUGGUCUUGCACACGCGUAUACACACACACACACAGGCCCCUGCAAUGUGGCGCUUCCCGUUCCUGUUGAGAGUAUCUGCUUUAGUUGGGGUGGAGCCCUUGCCUGUUUUCACAUAAAGGGGUAUAACUGCACGUCCCUUUCCUCCACUUCUGUGCUACACGUAGCUCUUCCACGUUGAGAUGUGCCACACCCAUGUGCACCCCUGCCAGGGCCAGGAGCUUGUCUGAGGGAAGCUGGAGAAGGUGUGUUGUGGUUUUAUCCCCGUGUGGACAUGGUGGGCCAGGUCGCCUCAGAGGUUUACUGCCAGUGGGUCUGGAAGGAUCCCAGUGAGCUUUGGGAGGCCUGGCUCUUAGGUGGUGGAGUUGUUGGAUCUUCUCUGUUUUAGUUCUGUCCUGUGUAACAUGUAUCCCGUUGACCUGUGGACUUGACCUGCCCAUUGUGUUACACGCUGACCUUGCACUUUAGAUGUUCUCGUUUCCUUGAAUCUCCUCUGAGAACGUCUUAGGCAUAGAUGGGGUAUGUUUGCUAUGGUCUGGUGCCAGGUGACAACAGGGGACAGACAGAUGACACUUCUAGCGUCUGGCGGAUGGUAAUGGAAUGGUGUUUGUGUUUUUGGAUGACUCUCGACCAGAACUGGUGGCUUUGGGUGUGCCCAGGCCCAGAGCUGUGUGGGGAGGGACGUUUGGGGAUGGGGAGGGUCCAUCUGGGAGGGGGAGAGUGUGACGGGAGAGGAGGUAGAGAAGGCCUAGCUGUGGGGUCACUUGUGAGGGCGAGCUGGUGGAGAGGAAGGUCAGCUGAGGGCCGCAGGAAUGGACUGGGAGACCAGGUGCCCUGCCCUUGGGCCCUGGUACCUGAGAGGAGCCCUUUGUCCCUGCAGAGUCAGCCGGCAAAUGGUGCAUUUGGAGUGGGGCCCGCUUGGUGGUGCUUCGCUUCUGUUGGAAGUCCUGAUGAAAAAUCGUUAAGAGAGCAGGAGUGGGGUUUGGUUGGUGUGCCUGGCCUGGUGCCCAGGUGGCCAGAAGCUCCCCCUGUGGGGUGGCGUGGGGCCUGAGUCCUUUGGGUACAAGUCUGUCCCAUGAGGAGCUGUGACCUUCUCUAGCCACGUGUUCGCUUCAUUGCUAGUCCCCACAGUUUGUUUCCACUUGUUAACAGAACCUGGUCUGCCCACGUGAAGUACAGGCAGAUGGUGUCUUUGAAGGCAGUUUACUUAGCUUCUCGUCCUGAUUCCUGGGCACACACACCUGAGGAAAACAACAGUAUUAGCAUCUUUCCCGUCAGAGUUGUUUGUAUUGAAAUGAACACUGGGAUCAGUGCCCGGAUUAAGAUUUUGUUUUUAUAUUUCAUGUGAAAAAUAAUUGUAAUGGCCAGAACAGACCUGCCAGAACAUAAAAGGAAAAUGAGAAGAAGAAAGUUCCAUUAAUGUUGUCCAGACUUCCUCCCUUGAAACCAUCCUCAGUGUGGCCAGUGCUGUGACUUGGAGCCUGGCAAGGUCUCCAGACUGCAUAGAGAGUCACCUAUGAACAAAGUACAACGACUAUUUAUGUCACAGUCCUUGCAUUUUAGCAAAUCAUUGUUGAGUCAGAAUGAGUUCAGAUUUCUUACAGGAAAGCUUUGCUUUUUGUGGCGAUGUUUUUAUAGCUUGUGUGAGUUUUUUUAUUUAAUGACUUUAACACAGUAUUUUUACAGUCGUGACCAUGUGUGGUGGUGUCACUGUGACUAGUGUGUGCAUUUCUUGUUUCCUCUGACCCCAUGCAUUUCAAUGCCUGCUUGUGCCGCAGGCCUCCUCGGGACAUGGGGACACAGCUCGCCCCCCGAAGCGCCCCGUGCCCCUGGGGAGGGUGUGGGAAAACGACCCCUGCCGUGAUAGACCCACCUUUGCAGAAAGAGCCUCUGUUUUGUGUGAGCCUAUAUGUGAAUAAAGUGGUUGUUGUGA